CUACAAUUCCCAUCGGGCAUUGGGGCAGCCGGAGCCUCGUUAUGCCUAUCACUCCCAGCACGCACCGGGGAGGUGUACGACAAGGGUGCGUGGGCGUGGCGCCGCGCAGUGCAAGCUGGGAGCUGUAGUUCUCCCGGGGGUGGUGCCGUGCCGGAGCAGCCAUGCCGGAGGGGACGGGAGCGCUCCGGGAGGUGCUGCCCAAGCAAGGGCAGCUGGCGAUGGAGGACACGGCCGCCAUGGUGCUGUGCAAGCCCAAGAUCCUGCCCCUCAAGUCGGUGUCGCUGGAGAAGCUGGAGAAGCUGCAGAGGGCGGCGCUGGAGGCGGCCCAGGCGCCCGAGGCGGCCCCGCCGCCAUCCGCGGGGGCCGCGCCGCCGCGGCAGUAGCGCGGAGAGGGUCGUGCCCGGCCGCGGCCGCGAUCCGAGUAUAGCUGACAGUUUUCCACUGUCACCUACGUGGACCGUUGUGACACCUGGAUCUUGCAGCUUGGUGCUACACGGAUUUCUCCCAAGCAAAUCAGGAAAGCAGAGGACAAGCAGCCUUCAUCCUCUGGGGAGCACUGAGAGGUGCUGCCUGGGAUUUACAGGAGGCUGCCUUUCCUCAAGUAUUUACCCCAGCCUUAAUACACGUUUUACCAGUCCAA